UUCUAUUCGCGUGGUUACAACGACUCACUCAAGAUAUGACGAACCGACAGCGGAUGCUUGUGGGUUUUUGUGUCUGUUUGACUUUGACGUCUACGGUGGGAGGUCAGACGGUAUACGAACCCCCGGAAUCAGACAAGGCUUAUUUUGCAGAGACAUUUGACACGAGCCCUCUGGAUAGAAACUGGAUCCUGUCCAAAGCAGUAAAAGAAGGAGAUUUGGAUAUUUACAAAUAUGAUGGGGAGUGGAGAAUUGAGACCCCUGUUAAGGAUGUGUUGGUGGGAAAUAAGGGCCUGGUCAUGAAGUCUGCAGGUCAGCACCAUGCCAUCUCUGCAUACCUGCGAAAAGUCUUUCACUUCAGAGAGAAACCCCUCUGUCUACAGUAUGAAGUUUACUUCCAGAGGGGAAUUGAGUGUGGAGGGGCCUAUAUGAAAUUAAUCUCUCACUCUGAUGAUCUCCGUUUGAGCCAGUUUAAUGAUGUCACCCCGUACACCAUCAUGUUCGGUCCAGACAAGUGUGGCAGCAGCUACAAAGUGCAUUUCAUUUUCCGGCACCGCAAUCCUCUGACCGGAGUGUAUGAGGAGAAACAUGCUCGUCAACCCGAAGUCGACCUGACGGAAUAUUUCACCGACCGCAACCCUCAUCUCUACACCCUCUAUCUUUAUCCUGAUAACACGUAUGAAAUUCUCAUUGAUCAGUCUCUGGUCAGUAAGGGCAGCCUCUUACAGGACAUGGACCCCCCCGUGACACCCCCUCGAGAAAUAGAGGACCCCAACGACACUAAACCUGCACACUGGGAUGACAGGCCACAAAUCCCAGACCCUACAGCCACGAAACCCCAGGACUGGGAUGAUGACGCUCCCCAGCUGAUUCCUGACCCCACAGUAGAGAAGCCUUCUGAUUGGCUGGAGGAGGUGGAGCCCCUUAUCCCAGACCCAGAGGCACAGCCUCCACAUGACUGGUCUGUGGACAUGGAUGGGGAGUGGGAGGCCCCACUGAUCGAUAACCCUGCGUGCUCUGAUGUGACUGGCUGUGGGCCUUGGAACCCUCCCAUGAUCCCAAACCCCGCCCACAGAGGGAAGUGGAGGGCACCUAUGAUUGACAACCCCAACUAUCAGGGUAAAUGGCAGCCCAGGAUGGUCCCAAACCCGGGGUAUUUUGUGGACCCUCAGCCGUUCCGUAUGGACCCUGUGGCUGCUGUGGGCUUUGAGCUGUGGACCCUGACUGGGGACGUGAUGUUUGACAGCGUCCUGCUCUGUGACAGCCUGGACGUUGCCCAGCGCUGGACCAGGGACACAUGGGGACGGAGAGACACGCCUGGAAUCAUGGAGCGCGUCCUGGUGGCCACGGCGAAGCGGCCCUGGCUGUGGGGAGUGUACGUUUUCACCGUGGGUCUACCCAUCAUCCUCUUCAUCAGCUUCAUGUGGCCUGAUAAGAGGUUCGGUCCUCCUGAUCAGGAUUACUACUAUAAAAAGAGCGAUGAGCCCCAGCCAGACAGCCCUGAGGAUGCAGAGCGCUCCGGCAGUCUGAGUGACUACGUCCCCGAGAUAACGUCUGGGCCGAGAAAGAGGCUUCAGAAAAAGUCGGACUUGGAGUGUGAGGUCUCAGAAUGAGAGAAAAACCACGUCCAACCUGACGACAGACUGCACUGCUCUCUGAGCCCAUACACAGGCGAUGACAACACAGGGCAGAUCCUCACCGUCUCUGUCCAUUUCUCACGCUCUCCACGUCAUUACAUAUCACUGUCAAUUUCUCCAACUGUAACUGAAGUUUGUUUUCUCACAGAUUAUAGGAAAUGUUCCAUUCUAGACUUCUCUGUCUUUUGCUGUUGUGCCUGAGAGGAACUUAAAGAACUAAAGAAGUAAAACCCUUAAUCUGCACACUGAUAUGAAUUCAUGCACAGGAUCCCUGUGCUUUUAUUGUAAAUGUGGUGACUGUUCAUGAUUACACUGCGAAAUGAAAACAUA